AUGACUACCCCAAACAAGACACCACCUGGUGCUGAUCCAAAGCAGUUAGAGAGGACUGGUACUGUUAGAGAAAUAGGCUCACAAGCAGUUUGGUCUCUUUCAUCCUGUAAGCCAGGAUUUGGAGUGGAUCAGUUACGAGAUGAUAAUCUAGAAACUUACUGGCAGUCAGAUGGAUCUCAGCCUCAUUUGGUGAACAUUCAAUUUAGAAGAAAAACAACAGUGAAGACGUUAUGUAUUUAUGCAGACUACAAAUCUGAUGAAAGUUAUACUCCGAGCAAAAUCUCUGUCAGAGUAGGAAAUAAUUUUCAUAAUCUCCAGGAAAUCCGGCAACUUGAACUAGUGGAACCAAGCGGCUGGAUUCAUGUUCCUUUAACAGAUACUCAUAAGAAGCCUAUUCGCACCUUUAUGAUUCAGAUUGCUGUUCUAGCUAAUCACCAAAAUGGAAGAGACACUCACAUGAGACAAAUUAAAGUGUACACCCCGGUGGAAGAGAGCUCUAUUGGUAAAUUUCCUAGAUGUACAACAAUUGAUUUCAUGAUGUAUCGCUCCAUAAGAUAA